AUGGCAACUGGUAAAGUCCUAGUGGUGCUGUACCAAUAUGAUGCCUCUCCGUUCUCGACCAAGGUCAAGGACACACUGGCUCUAAAGGGGAUCCCGCACAGCAGGGUAGAUGUCGCUUUCAUGCCUCCCCGUCCGGAGAUCUCGACGCUCCUUGGGGUAUCCUACCGCCGCAUUCCCGUGCUCGCCAUUGGAAGCGACGUCUACUGCGAUACCGGCCUCAUCGCGUCCGCGCUCGAACGCCGAUUCCCUCCCUCCGAAGGCUACUAUACGCUGUUUCCCAACAGGAAGGGAACGAAGAGCUCGGACGUGGGACUGGUUAAGGCACUGUCUAUGUACUAUGCGGAGAGAGUUUUGCUCCAGCUGGCCGCGGACAGUUUUCCUUUCAACCAGUUCCCAAAGGCCUUUGUGGAGGAUAGAAAUGCAUUCUUCAGCCCUACGAAGCCGAUUGACCUAACACAGAUGGCCUCUCGUCAACCGGAGGUGAAGAGCGCCAUCUCUUCUCAUCUGACUCUCGUUGAGGAGCAGCUUGCGGAUGGUCGCGAAUGGCUCCUCGAUACAGAGGCUCCCGGUUUGGCUGACAUAUCCUUCCAUUUUGUUUUUGAGUGGUUGCAAGGCCCGCAAUUCAGAGCUCUUCACGACCUGCUCGAUGCGCAAAAGUUCCCAAAGAGCCUCGCGUGGCUGUCCAAUAUGACUGCGUACAUUGACAGCAGACAAAAGACGGGCGCGUCCGCUUUUGAGAAUAUCACGGGAGAACAAGCCGCUAAGCUGAUUGGCUCAUCACCCUGCGAGGAUGUGAGCAUCGUCGGAUUUGAUAAUGUGGAGGCCGCGCACCUGGGCGUGAAGCUGGGCGAGGACGUCUCGAUAGAACCACAGGACACUGGUAAAAUACCGACUAUCGGUAAGCUUGUCGCGCUGAACCGUGAAGAGGCUGUCAUCGAAACCCGCGGGACGACGGGCGCUGUCAUUCGUUGUCACUUCCCGAGACUCAACUUUUCCAUCAAGAAAGCGCACACGAAGUUGUGA